ACUCCAAAAAGGAGAAAAGAAAGAAGGAAAGUAAACCCAUCAUUUUAGGGAUUAAGGAUCUAAACUUCUCUCUGCUCAAUUUACAGUAGAGAGAGAGAGAGACAGAGAGAUUCCAGAUUUGGAUUUGAGGCUGACUUUCUGAGGCGCCGGAACAGAUCUUCGCUAUUCCUAUUGGCUCCUUCCACUUUCUCGCAGACAGACACCCCAACAGAGCCCACAACAACCACCACACUCCACCGCAAACAAUCCGCAAUUAUGUAUCACUCCAAUUCACUCCCAACUUUUCCCUCUUUCUCCUCUCCUUUUCCACUCUGAUUCACUCUCAUGCCUGCUUUUUCCCUCCACAUCACUCCCCUUUCCCAAUUUCUCCCUCCAAUCCAUCGUUUUCUUCAUGGGAUUUUCUUGCUUCUUACUUCUUGUGAGAAAAUCCCUGUCUGAAGUGCUUCUGCUGGUUGCUAUGGUGGGAGAUGAUUCUUAGAAUUGAGAAAUGGGGUGUUUGGUUAGCCGACAGGCGUCUUCUAGAAGUGUAGAACCCCCUGUAGAUAACGGGAAGAGGAAUCAAAUUACUGAGCCUGGUGUCCAAGUCGAGCAUGUACAGGAAAAAGAACUAGAGCAUGUUAAUGCUAAUGUAGAGGAGCAUGCAAAUGUGAGCAAGGAGGAGGAGCAGAAGGCUGAUGGUGGUCAGGAUCGGCCACGAGCAGAGCGGCGGAGGUCGAGGAAGGUUUCAAGGCCUGUUAACCUGCCAAACCAUUCCCAGGGAGAGCAAGUUGCUGCUGGAUGGCCAUCUUGGCUCACAGCAGUUUGUGGGGAGGCUCUCAAUGGUUGGAUUCCAAGGAAGGCUGAUACGUUUGAAAAGAUUGAUAAGAUUGGACAAGGAACGUAUAGCAAUGUGUAUAAGGCUAAAGAUAUACUUACAGGUAAAAUUGUUGCACUGAAGAAGGUUCGAUUUGACAAUCUGGAACCGGAAAGUGUGAAAUUUAUGGCUAGAGAGAUUCUAAUCCUUCGGAGAUUAAAUCAUAAUAACGUUGUGAAAUUGGAGGGGUUGGUCACAUCGCGGAUGUCUUGUAGUUUAUACUUGGUGUUUGAGUACAUGGAACAUGAUUUAGCUGGUCUUGCUGCAAAUCCAUCAAUCAAGUUUACGGAAUCUCAGGUUAAAUGUUUCAUGCAACAACUGCUAUCUGGACUGGAACACUGUCACAAUCGUCAUGUGCUUCACCGUGAUAUUAAAGGAUCUAAUCUUCUCAUUGAUAGUGGGGGAGUGCUUAAGAUUGCUGAUUUUGGAUUGGCUUCUUUCUUUGAUCCUAAUCACAAGCACCCAAUGACUAGUCGAGUUGUUACCUUAUGGUAUCGACCUCCUGAACUUCUUCUUGGAGCAACUGAUUAUGGAGUAGGUGUAGACCUCUGGAGUGCUGGGUGUAUACUGGCUGAGUUAUUAGCUGGGAGACCUAUUAUGCCUGGCCGUACAGAGGUGGAGCAACUACACAAGAUAUACAAGCUUUGUGGCUCCCCUUCAGAUGAAUAUUGGAAAAGAGCAAAGCUUCCAAAUGCAACAUUAUUUAAGCCCAGAGAACCUUAUAAAAGAUGUAUAAAGGAGACAUUUAAAGAUUUCCCGCUAUCUUCCCUGCCCCUUAUAGAAACGCUUCUUGCAAUUGAUCCAGUUGAACGAAAGACAGCAACAGAUGCAUUAAAUAGCGAGUUCUUCAUGACAGAGCCUUUAGCUUGCAAACCCUCCAGCCUCCCGAAAUAUCCUCCCAGUAAGGAGAUGGAUGCUAGAAGACGGGAUGAUGAAGCCCGGAGACUAAGAGCAGCUAACAAAGCCCAGGGAGAUGGAGUGAAGAAAACACGCACACGUGUUAGGGCGAUUCCAGCUCCUGAAGCCAAUGCAGAAAUACAAACAAAUAUCGAUAGAAGGCGCUUAAUUACACAUGCAAAUGCAAAGAGCAAAAGCGAAAAGUUCCCCCCACCGCACCAGGACGGAGCGCUUGGCUUUACGCUAGGAUAUUCACGGCAUAUGGAUCCAUCCGGUGUUCCUCCCGACAUACCAUUCAGCUCGACGCUGUUCACUUACUCUAAGGAGCCAGUCCAAGUCUGGUCUGGUCCACUGGUCCCUGGUGCUGGCACUGAUGCUCCACCUAGGCAGAAGAAGCAUGUGGGAGGAGUGACAUCAAAUUCUUCCCACUGUUCAUCCAAAAACAUUGACAAUCAAUCAGCCGGGCCUGCUCUAAGCUGAAAAGAUCAUGAAUUUUAAGGUCCGAGAGUUCGAGUAGCAUCGAUUUUUCGGUAUUCAUAGUUGCUUUGAUCUAAUUUUUUCCCCCUUGAGGAAGGGUACGGAAAUUUUAUAGAUAAAUUUGCUUUUAAGUGAUGAGAAAUUUAACAAAGUUAUGUAUAUGUUGAUGAUUUGUUGUGUCCCAAAUUUUCCUUAUUGAAGUUACCGUGACAUUCUACAGAAAUAGUGACCUCACAGUUCAAAACAUUCAUUAUUAUCGUUU